GUCUUCAUCCCAGAUUCACCAGGCAAAACUGCAUUCUCCCUGUGCUAGUGAUGGACUGUUAGGAAGACAAAGAAGGGAGAAAAGAGGCCUAAACAAAGACUAAGAGACUCUAAAGACACCACGAUCCUCAGAUCAGUGCUGACUUCAAGCCACCGCUCAACUGUAUUAGGCUGACGGGAUGCCAUACUCGUUCCAGGGAGGGACGCAGGAGAGGGAGAAGGAGGUAGACCCCUGGUGUAUGUAACCAUGAUCCAGGUGCUACAAGAGGAACUACUUACCACUUCUUCUACGUGCUGUACUAGGUGGUUGCAUCCAGUAAAAAUGGAGCAGCAGAAUGCACCAGAGACGCUGCAACUCCAUCAGCGAACAAAGCCCGGGUCAAACCUGGAGGUCAAAGGACGAGCGGGAGAAACCAGAGGAUGCAGAGAUGCCCGACCCGAGUGGUUUGACUGAUGAUGACCUCAAGGCCGCAUUGCUUGUGCACGGGGUUAAAGCCGGACCCAUAGUUGCAUCCACCAGGGCCUUGUAUGAGAGGAAGCUCAGCAAACUGCUUCAGUCUGAUGGACAUUACCAACUUAAUGGAGCAGAGAAAGGUAUCUUGUACUCUGACAGUGAAGAGGAGGAGGAAAAUGGAGAAGAGGAGGAUGCAGAGUCAGGUGCUGAAAAAGAAAAACAAACAGUUGAACAGUCGGAUCAGGGCCAGCAAGAGAGCAGCCAGAAUGAUGCUUUUGCUUACCCACAGUGCUUUUUACCCUCAUCAAGACUGCAUGCGAGGCCUACUAGAAAAGGGGAACCUAGUGUCAAGUGGAAUUCAGGGAAUGCGUUAAAAUCAUCAGAGCCGAGUGGGUCUCGCUGGUCACAGAUUCCCGCAGGAAUUAGUAGAGCAUCCUCUGUAGAUCAACGCUCAGGAUUAGGAUCAGGGGUUCCGUCUGGAUCACAGUUAGUAAUGGCCAGUAGUUGCUCAUCAUCUUCCUCUCAGACCUUCAGCAUCACUGAAAUGGUUGAGGAGAUGGAGAGUCAGAGGUCACUCUCUACUCGAACAAACACUGAGAGAGAGUUGAAAUGGAGCAAUGUGCAGGAACAUUGGUCACGCUCAAACAGGCUGGACGUGCCAGUUGUGGACAAGUGCACCAUGACGAACCAGUCCGUGUACUACACCCCCGGGGCUUCCCCUCAUGAAUGGGGAAUGAAGCUUCCUCAGGAGCCUGUGAAAGAUACUUUCAAGGACAUAUUUUCAAAUGCUGAGACCACACCCACAGGGAUCUACGCCACUCGUCGGAGACCCAUCAAGGGGGCAGCAGGGAGACCUGUGCAGUACGCAUACCCAGACACAGCAGUCAGUCCCACGACCCUGGAGAGACGAGAGGUGGAGCGCCGCCUUGUGCCCAUCCUCAUACAGGUUUUGGUCUUCCUCAUUGUGGUGUGCGUCCUGUACCUCAUUUAUGUUUGUCUUUGGGACACCUCAUUCAGUCCGUUUGUGGCCUUACUGGACAGUCUAAACCAGAUGUCAGACAGUGAGGAGGGCCUUUUGCUUCAGACGGAGGUACAGGAUACACCAGCACCUUCUGGACAGGAAUAACUGUGUGUUUUUUAACUGUCUACAUUGAUGAUGAGAUGUCAAGUUACUUUAUUUUUGUUGAUGCAACCAUAAUGACUUUGUCCUAGGAUGUCUUCAGGGAGCAUGUGUUAAUUUAAAUAUGAUUUGUUAUUUACUGUGUUUGUGUGUUUGUGUGUCUGUGUGGGAGCAAACCUCAAAGUCAAGUUUUAUAUUUAUGUUUUGCCUAUGGAUGUUUUACCAAUCUUGUCCCUAUAGUUAAAACAAUUGUGUAAGCAUUGAGGUGCUCUUAAAACUUUAGAGAGCUGCAUAUUUUGUCAAAUGUAAAAAUGAGAAUUGUGUAAUUUGCUAAUCCCAUUUGUGUAACCUGAUGGUGCCUUUUCAAGGAAUUGGUAUUUUUGAUGUGCCUUAAUUUUUAAAAAAAAUGUUGAAUCAUAUUUCAUUAAAGGAUGUUUUGCUUCAUA